AUGCAUCUAUAUAAUUUGACUCUGCAAGGACAGACAUGCAUAAAUCAAGCUAUUCAUGGAAACUUUACUGGGAAGCCAAAGUCACAAGAACUCUGUAUCGGCCGAGGAACGACGCUACAGUUGCUCUGUUGUGACCCUUCUACCGGAAAAUUGAAAGUCAUAUGUAGCCAGGAAGUUUUCGGUGUUAUAAGAUCUCUCUUGGCUUUCCGCCUCACCGGAGGUUCUAAAGAUUACAUUGCUGUUGGCUCUGACUCUGGAAGAAUAGUCAUAUUAGAAUAUGUUGUUGAACGAAAUGUCUUCGAGAGAGUUCAUCAGGAAACAUAUGGAAAAACCGGGUGCAGAAGAACUGUUCCAGGGCAUUAUCUUACAGCUGAUCCCAAGGGGCGUGCUAUCAUGAUUGGUGCGGUCGAGCGUCAAAAAUUAGUUUACAUUAUGAAUCGUGAUGCUGAAGCCCAUUUGACAAUAUCGUCACCUCUCGAAGCACACAAGCAGUUUACUCUUUGUUAUGGAAUGGUUGGUAUCGAUACUGGUUUCGAAAAUCCACUCUUUGCCUGCUUAGAAUAUGAUUAUGAGGAUUGUGAUAAUGAUCCGACUGGAGAAGCUAUCAAGAGAACUCAACAAACACUCACUUUCUAUGAAUUGGAUUUAGGAUUAAAUCAUGUUGUUCGUAAAUAUGCCGAGCCUCUGAACGAACCUGGAAAUAUGCUCAUAUCAGUUCCCGGUGGUAAUGAAGGUCCAUCUGGAGUUAUUGUUUGUUGCGAAGGUUCACUAGUCUACAAAAACUUGGGUGAUCAGCCUGACAUUCGUUGUCCUAUUCCAAGACGCCGCAAUGAUCUUGAUGAUCCUGAUAGAACUCUCAUGAUUAUCGCAGCAGCCACGCAUAAGACGAAGUCUAUUUUCUUUUUCCUCGUUCAAACUGAACAGGGAGAUCUAUUCAAAGUCACACUCGAGACUGAUGAUGAUCUCGUAACAGAGAUGAAAGUAAAAUACUUCGAUACUGUUCCUCCUGCAAGUGCUAUGUGCAUCUUGAAAACUGGUUUCCUCUUUGUUGCAAGUGAAUAUGGAAAUCAUCAUUUAUACCAGAUUGCUAAUCUUGGUGAAGAUGAUGAUGAAGCUGAGUUUUCAUCAAAACUGCAGCUCGACGAAGGAGAGACUUUCUUUUAUGGUGUUCGAGAACUAAGAAGUUUGGUACUCGUUGACAAGAUGGAGAGUUUGGCACCGUUGCUAGGAGCUCACGUAGGAGACUUGGCAAAAGAAGAUGCACCUCAAAUAUAUGGUCUCUCUGGUCGAGGUCCACGCUCUAACCUGAAAGUAUUGAGAAAUGGUCUGGAAGUAACUGAAAUGGCCGUUUCGGAACUUCCUGGUAAUCCGAAUGCAGUAUGGACUGUCAAGAAAAACGUCGAUGAUAAUCAUGACUCUUAUAUCGUUGUAUCUUUCGUUAACGCUACUCUUGUAUUGACCAUCGGAGAAACUGUCGAAGAAGCUAAUGAUUCUGGUUUCCUCGAUCGUGCUCCAACUUUGGGUUGCGGACUGAUCGGAGACGAUGCCCUUCUCCAGAUUUAUGCUGAAGGUAUUAGACAUAUUCGUUCUGAUAAGCGUGUAAACGAGUGGAAAGUUCCUAGUCGUCGUCAGAUUGUAAAAUGCGCGAUGAACAGAAGACAAGUUGCUAUUGCCUUAACUGGUGGAGGACAAAGUGAAAUCGUUUACUUCGAACUUGACAUUACUGGACAACUGAAUGAAUUCACUGAGCGCAAGGUGCUCAGAGAUGUCGAUGUUCUAUGCAUGAGUCUGUCUGAAAUACCAGAGGGAGAAAUACGUUCUCGCUUUUUGGCUAUUGGUACAAGUGACGCUUCAGUAAAAGUCAUUUCUUUAGAUCCUAACGAUACUCUCUCUUUCUUAAGUGUUCAAGCUCUUCCAUACUUACCAGAAUCUCUUUUACUUCUUGAAACUAGAGCGGAUGACUUCAAAGGAACAUCAACUAUUCUUUUGAAUAUUGGCUUACAAAAUGGUUGUUUAUUGCGCACCACUGUUGAUAAUGUCACUGGAGAUAUGCUCGACACCAGAACUAGAUAUCUUGGUACUAGACCAGUAAAGUUAUUCCGAGUACGCAGUCAAAAUAAGGAUGCUGUUUUGUGCACAUCAUCUCGAUCGUGGCUAUUGUAUCAUUACCAAAACCGUUUCCAUCUCACCCCGUUAAGUUAUACCACCCUAGAGUUCGCUGCUAGUUUCAAUUCUGAACAGUGUAGCGAAGGAAUCGUAGCUAUAGCAGAGAAGACGUUGAGAAUUAUGGCUAUUGAAAAAUUGGGAGUUGCUUUCAAUCAGUCGGAGUUCCAGCUACAACACACCCCAAGAAAAAUGAUUAUUCAUCCUCAGGCCGGAAGUUUAAUGAUCAUUGAGUCGGAUUAUGCCUCAUAUACUGAGUCAACUAAACACAAAAAGAAGGAAGAAAUGGCUGAGGAUAUCGAACGUUUGGCAAGUGAUGCAGAAGAGAAAGAAUUAGCCAAAGAAAUUGCCAACUCUCUAAGAGAUAAUAAGUUGGAUGAAAGUGUUUAUGGUGCACCAAAAGCUGGACCUGGGAAAUGGGCUUCGUGUGUUCGAUUAGUUCAUCCUAAAACUGGAGAUGUACUAUCGUACUUUGAACUUCCUCAGGAUGAAGCUGCUAAGUGUAUCGCAAUCGUACAGUUCAAAAAUCAUCCGGAAUCGUUGUUGGCUCUUGUAGGAUGUGGUGUUGGUCAACGCUUAGGACCUAUCCCAACACAUCGUAAAGGAUGCAUAUACACCUUCUUGUUAUCUAGUGCUGGAGAAAAGUUCGAUUUACUUCACAAAACUGAAGUUCCUAUGCCUGUAACUGCGAUCCAUGAUUUCCGUGGAGCAGCUCUUGUCGGAUUCGGAUGUCAUCUCAGAAUGUAUGACUUUGGACAGAAGAAAUUGCUGGCCAAGUGUGAAAACAAGGUGCGUGUUCGAAUGUUUUUCUUUAUCACCCCAUAA